AUGGCGGAUCGAGAUGGCUACGGGUCGGCGUCGCAGCCCGCGUCCCCCCGUUUGUCUCGCCGUCCAUUUCCCAUGCGUCGCCAGAACUCGGCAACUGAGCCUGACGAGCGCUCCCCACUGCUGCUGAACAAUUCUCGGUCGCGGAUUCGAAUCCACGGCGGGGCAGCAUCACCACGUCCCAAUUUAUCCCGCGAUCAGAGCUACUCAGGAGACAGCAGCCGCGGAACUCGACAUCACAGUCGCCGCUCUUCUUGGAGCGCACGCCUCGUCCAAGCCUUCUCCGAACGGUCCAUGUCAGAGUCCAAGGGCUCCAUCUUCCCCGACGAGCGAGUGUGGUACGAUCAGUUCACGAGCACCGACUGGGUGCACGAUACAAUCGCCGAUUCCUAUCGCGUGAGAGCACUUCGCAGCAGGAAGGAUUUUUGGGGCCGAGUCUUGACAACCAUCGAUGGUAGCCAGGGAUGGAUUCUCAGUGCUCUCUGUGGCUUCGUUAUCGCCUUGAUAGCGUAUACAGUCGACGCGGCCGAAUCGGUCUUUUUUGAUUUCAAAGAUGGAUAUUGUUCGAGAGCGUGGUAUUUUGACGAAAAGAGAUGCUGCCCCGGUGGACGCACCGAGUGCACAGACUGGAAGACAUGGUCCCAGGCACUGCAUUAUCAUCCGUUUGGGGAGAAGUGGACAGACUUCCUCAUCUACGUCGCCUGCGUCGUUCUCUUCGCGGUUGCUUCGUGCUGGGUCGCCCUGUGGACAAAGACGGUGGUUCCCUCGGCCUACCCCGCAGGCAGUGGUGUCGCCGAAGUCCGAGUCAUCCUCAGCGGCUUCGUUCUUCACGGAUUCCUCGGUUUGAGAACAUUAAUCUUGAAGAUGCUGUCACUGAUUCUGAGCGUCUCUUCGGGGCUAAGCAUUGGCAAAGAGGGUCCGUUCGUCCACAUGGCGACCUGCGUUGGCAAUAUCGCAUGUCGUCUUUUUGCAAAGUACGAUCGCAACGAUGCCAAGAGGCGAGAGGUUCUUUCGGCUGCUGCGGCUGCGGGCGUGGCUGUUGCAUUUGGAGCACCCUUGGGAGGUGUUUUGUUUGGUCUGGAAGAGGUGUCCUACUUCUUCCCGGCCAAAACCCUCUUCCGCACAUUCUUUGCUUGCAUCGUCGCCGCGCUGUCCCUCAAAUUCUUGAACCCAUACGGCACGCACAAGAUUGUCAUGUUCGAGGUCCGUUACCUGGUAGAUUGGGAGUAUUUUGAGCUGGGAUCCUUCAUCUUUGUCGGCAUCGUCGGCGGCGCCAUGGGAGCGCUCUUCAUCAAGGCGUCCAAACACUGGGCACAAACGUUUCGCCGGAUCAAGGCCAUCAAGAAAUACCCCAUGCUGGAGGUGUUCCUCGUCGCGGUUGUGACUGGCCUUAUGAGCUACUGGAAUCCCUUGACCAAGGUCUCUGUCGCAAAGCUGCUUCUAAACUUGGCGUCUCCAUGUGACCGCACCAAGGGUGAUGGACUUGGGCUCUGCCCGAGAUCGGUGGAUGACAUUCCCGAGAUCUUGUCAAUGUUGAUUAUUGCCUUUUUGAUCAAGGGUUUCUUGACCGUCAUCGCCUUUGGAAUUAAAGUCCCCGCCGGUAUUUAUAUCCCAUCCAUGGUGGUCGGCGGCUUAAUGGGACGGAUUGUAGGUCACCUGGCACAGUGGCUGGUGCUCGUCACACCCGACUGGAGCCCCGGCGUUUAUGGUCUGAUUGCUGCCGGUGCAACCAUGUGCGGUGUCACGCGGCUGUCAGUGACGUUGGCUGUCAUUCUGUUUGAGCUCACUGGCAGUCUCGACUAUGUGCUGCCAUUCUCCCUGUCGAUUCUUGUGGCCAAAUGGACAGCAGAUGCCAUUGAGCCAAGCAGUAUUUAUGACCUCCUUACAAACAUGAAUACUUAUCCAUUCUUGAACAACAAACACAAGCCCAUCUUCACCGGCGACUUGACGGAACUCGUUCGGCGCUUACGAAGGGAGAGGGUGAUUGAUAUUACGAAUUCACCAAUGGUUCCUGCCUCGAGUCUCCGCACCAAGCUCGAACUCCUUCAUCGCCACGGUGAGCUCGAUGGUGGUUUGCCUAUCCUGAGGGAAGACGUCCUGGUGGGCCUCAUUCCCGCUCCAGACCUUCAGUUUGCACUGGACCAGCUUCGAGAUGAAGGCUCAAACCUCUGCUUGAUGGAUCAGAUCCCUAGCAUCGAUGACGAUGACGUUGGCAGCGAGCCCGAUCCCACGGACUUUACGCAAUUCAUCGAUCCGGCACCUGUUGCCCUAGAUAUCAGGUCGCCGAUCGACCUGGCGUAUGAGUGCUUUGUCAAGCUGGGUCUGCGCUACGUUUGCGUCUUGAGAGACGGCAAAUAUGCCGGCAUGAUUCACAAAAAGACCUUCGUCAAGUAUACUCGAGAACUAGAAGAAGAGCAAGGUGGCCAUUAA